AUGGCCACGCCCUCUACGGCCGACUUCUCGGAGUCUUUCGCCCAUCUUACGCUGGAUAAUACAGACAAGCUAAGCUCCACUGACGAGAUCUCCGUCCAUUCAUUACAGGAUCUUCAGGCAUUUCUUGAUUUGGCUCGAAAACACGAUAACGAAACCAAUGAGAAUGAACAUGGGCAAGAAUUCCAGAGUGCCGCCAUUUCGUCACAUCUGACGCCACUUAUUCGAAACAACAAUAAGUUUCAACGAAGAGACUUUCUUACGGGCUCCAUGGGCGAUUCCAUGGGGGUUUCAACUGGCACGACUACAGGAAACUCUAUUAGUGACAACAGAUACAAAGAAGAUGGAAUCGCAAACACUGCGAACAAAACAGAUGCAGCUGCUCUUUUCAAAACAUUGCAACCUUUCAUCGACGAGCACUUGGCUCGUUUAAGGGGAAGACCUUUCAAUUCAGCCAAUUACUCACAUCACCGGCUCGAUCUGGAUGGUGAUCUGAAAGUAGAUGAUACAUUCGAUAAGCUCCGUCGCCCUAGCAUUGAGAGUAACAGACCAUCAUCUCCAUUAACCACCCCGCCUCAAUCUUCCGAGUCUCGAUUCACGGACAGCAAGGGCACCUUUGUAGACGAGGACUUGUGCAGACCCAUUACCAAUGAAGAGGGCUACAAGAACGAUAGAGCCCAGACACACAAGCACUGGAACAGUCAAAUGGGAAAUAAGGGUAUGCAAGCAGAAGGGAAUGAAUCUUUAGAUUGGCUUUCUAAUGCGGAAGCGGAUGUUGACUCAAAUGCUGAUGUACCACAGUUAGAGCUACCCGAUUUGACUACACAUGAAAUAGAUCUUGGAGCAAAAAAACUGCUGGUGGCAGAAAAUACCAUUGCCCAGCUUCGCUUGGAGCUUGAACAGUACAAACAACAGAAUUCCGAGAUGAUCAACGAGUUACAAUUCUUACGAAGACAAGUAGAGGACCAACAUGGCCAUUCUGGCCCCACCAACAAAUACCAGAGUCAGAAUAUCGACCAGGAUAAUGAAAUUCCCCAAAACGACCAGGAUAUUCAAAAUCAACAAAUUAAUCAAAACCAAUCCACACCUAAUCACCCGAACAAUCUGCUGGACACAUCGAAGCCCAUUCGUUCCGGUUCAGAACAAUUACAUGAAGAGAAUUCUACCCAAACAGAAAGAACAGAACGGGCCUUGGAUGCAAGCAGCAUCCCUGAAGAAUUCCGUCCCUAUUACCACAGACUUCAAUUGGACAAGGUGGAAACAUUGACAUCAGAGGAAAAGAGCAAUCUAAUCAAACGCAUCAUGCUCUCUCUUCUUGUGUCGGACUAUGAUCACCUUUCCAGUGUUAUGCCUCAAGUGGGCAGCUACCUACGGUUGACCAGCAAAUUUCUUGACAAUCUCCACCUGAAACUUUACUACAACAAUGAGAUUGGCCCUCUGAGAUACCUUCAGGACUACAACUUGCAUACCGACGAUGGACUCGAGGAAUGCUUGGAUGGGAUGUUUAAUAUGUUAAUGUAA